GUUGUACUUUUUUGCAAAAAAAAUUUUGAUUGGGAACUUUACGCUCAACUCGGUGAUUGUCGUUGGUGAUCUUGAACUUUAAGAGUUUUCGGUUGAUCUGAUGAAUAAAUUAGAUUUGAUCAGAAGCCGGAACUACAAUUGAAUGGGCACUUGCCAUUGAAGAGGCGCGGGCCCGCAACGCACAUUCUACAACGCUUCUCGAUUCCGGCUGGUAAUGUGUACUGUGGGCGCUGCUUGUACUGUCACUAUUAAUUUACCCUUUCAAUUGACGCCGAUCAUCUCCAUUCGCCGAGGAAGCCGAAAGAGGAAUCCAAUCAUAGUUCAUCGUCAAUUCCGUCCCAUUCCGUUUGAAUACUUAUAUUGUUUAUUUAUUCGUCUAACGUGCGCCCUACCAGAGUAGUCUAGUGCGAUCUCGAGUUUAGUGAAGAUUGCAGCAUUUCCUUCGUUCUAUCGCAGUCUGUGCGCAGGCUGUGUGAAGACGCAGCUUUCAAGGCAAGAGCUUUGGAGAGCGGCUAGGAAAAAGCAAUCGAGUGCAGUAAAUUGUGCAGGAGCGUAAAAUCUUCGCGAGAUCACUUGGCGAUCCUAAUCCGGCGAAGGCGGUUGUGUGUAGCGAUAGUAAAGGCAUGAAGAAUAACCCGCAAACGUUUGUUUGAAGUACAGUGUUAAUGAACAAGUAAACAAUACUUACAAUAUUUCGCGGCUGGCUGGCAGCGUCUCGUACGUCUACGCAGCAUAAGCAGCGGUUCAACCGGCGCCCACCGAGCGCGCCGUGGUUCUCCAUACCAGUGCUGUUGGGAAUCCAUUCUCAAUUCGGAAAGGGAAAACUCAUCUGCGACAAGAAGUCAUCGACAAAUACGAAGUGGCCGCCAGAAACGAAGCACAAGAAACAGCAAUUAUUUUCAGCUAACAUAUUGGCAGCGAUGGGAAUUUUGCCGAUAGUGUUUGCGGUUUUGGCAACGCAGAUCGUGAUCACAUUAGCUCAACAGGAAGUGAUUGUCGAUAUUGAUGAACCGAAUAAAACCCAAUAUCACCAGGCGAAUUUUGAUACCAGCGCAUACCAAUUCGGAUAUGAGGUAGGACCUAAUGGACAGUUUCAUCAUGAAACUCGAGGUCCGGAUGGAGUCACGUACGGAUGUUAUGGCUACAUAGAUCCUAAUGGGCUGUUACGGGUUACACACUAUGUGGCGGACUCUCACGGAUACCGUGUAAUAGAACCCAACCAUCCGGUGGAAAUAUUUGCAGAUGUUCCUACGCAGUACAGCAACUCAAUCAGCGAAGAUGAGCCACUGGCUAAGCAGCGAGGGCAAAAAGUCGCUUGGAAAGAUCUUUACCUGCCCCGCGGAUGUGGGAUGUAUCCAGGUGGUCUCCGACCUGAUGGUCCUCCAAUUACAUCGACACCUUCCCCUUCUACACCUACAAGGCCGCCCGGCGGCUCUGGCACACCUGGUGGAAGUGGCUCUGGUUAUCCUCAAGCUCCUGGGGGAGCGUCCCCCAAUAGACCAAACCAGGGAGGGCAGGGUUCUGGUGGAGGUGGCCCAAAUCAAGGCCAGGGACAAACGCAAAGUCAACAGGGACAAGGAAGUCGACCGGGUUCGAGUUCAACGCAGGGUCAGGGACAAGGACAAAACCAGGGACAAUGGAGUGGACAAGGUCAAGGACAAGGUCAAGGACAAGGUCAAGGACAAGGACAAGGCCAAGGACAAGGGCAAGGACAACAUCAAGGUCAAGGGCAAUAUCAAGUACAAGAACAACAUCAAGGACAAGGACAACAUCAAGGACAAGGACAACAUCAAGGACAGGGGCAACAUCAAGGACAAGGACAACAUCAUGGACAACAUCCAGGACAAGGACAACAUCAAGAACAAGGACAAGGACAACAUCAAGGACAAGGACAAGGACAACAUCAAGGGCAAGGACAAAAUCAAGGACAAGGACAAAAUCAAGGACAAGGCCAAGGUCAAGGACAAGGCCAAGGACAAUAUCAAGGACAAGGACAGGGACAGGGGCAAGGACAAAAUCAAAGCCAAUGGCAAGGACAAGGUCAAGGUCAAUACCAAAAACCAGGACAAGGACAAGGUCAAGCACAGGGAAAUCGUCCCAGUUCUGGCCAAGGGCAAGGACAAGGGCAAUGGCAGGGGCAGGGACAAGGACAAAACCAAGGUCAAGGACAAGGUCAAGCACAACAACAAGGACAAUAUCAAGGACAGGGACAGGGGCAAGAACAAAGUCAAAACCAAAGCCAAUGGCAAGGACAAGGUCAAGGUCAAUACCAAAAACCUGGACAAGGACAAGCUCAAUGGCAGGGACAAGGUCAAGCACAGGGAAAUCGUCCCAGUUCUGGUCAAGGGCAAGGUCAACAGCAAGGACAAGGACAAUGGCAAGGGCAGGGCCAGGGUCAAGGACAAGCAAAUCGACCUGGUUCAGGGCAAGGACAGGGUCAAGGACAAGGCCAACCUCAAAACCCUGGACAAAACCAACAGCAAGGUCAGGGUCAAUGGCAGGGGCAAGCCCAAGGACAGAACCAAGGUCAACAGGGUGGUAACCGACCAAGUACCGGUCAAAAUCAGAAUCAAGGGCAAGGUGAAAGUUGGCAAUCGCAAGGUCCGGGAGGUCAAAGUCAAGGACAGACUGCUCCAUCCGGACCGGGACAUCACCAUCAGGGACAGCAUCAGGGCUCUCACCAAGGACCCAUCAGUUCAGGACAGCAUCAGGGACAGCACCAGGGCAGCCAUCAAGGCGUUGGUCAAGGCUCACAUGGAAGUCAAAGUCAAGGAUCUCAUCAAGGGCCUGCUAGCUCAAGUCAGCAACAGAAUCAACAUGGUAGUAGCCAUCAGGGUUCCUCUUGGCAACAUGGCGGACAGAGUCAAGGAUCUCACCAGGGACCAGUCAGUUCUGGCCAACAACAAGGCCAGCACCAAGGCAGCCACCAGGGAAUUAACCAAGGUUCACACCAGGGUCAACAACAAGGAUCGCAUCAAGGUCCAAUUAGCUCCAGUGAACAUCAAGGACAGCACCAGGGCAGUCAUCAAGGAUUACAGCAAGGAUCUCAUCAAGGACAGCAUCAGGGCCAACAUCAAGGACCGAUUAGCUCUGGUCAACACCAAGGAAGUUAUCAAGGUAGUCAUCAGAAUGGAAGUGGUGAGCAUCAAGCUCAACACCAAGGUUCGCACCAGGGACCAUUGGGGUCCAGCGAACACAAUAUACAAGCUUCAUGGAGUCACCAGAAACCAGGCCAAGGACAGCAGCCAGGAUCGUCACAAGAGCAAGGCCAAGGCCAAGGCCAAGGGCAAAAUCAGAGUCAAGGUCAGAGUCAAAGUCAAGGAAAUCGUCCAGGACAGAGCCAAGGGCAGGGACAAAGUCAAGGACAAGGACAAAGUCAAGGGCAAGGGCAAGGACAACAACAGUGGCAAGGGCAGGGACAAAACCAGGGUCAAGGACAAGGUCAAGGACAGUCUCAAGGUCAAUGGCAAGGACAAGGACAAAACCAAGGUCAGGGACAGAACCAAGGCCAAACACAGCAGCAAGCAACGAGUGUUCGUCCCGGUGGCGUACACAUUGGCAUUGGACCGAACGUAGCAGGCAUUGGGGGCAUUGGCGCAUUGAUUAGCAUUGGUGGACUAAAUGGUGGUCUAAACGUAGCAACUGGAAUUUCUAACGCCGGUAUUUCCGGUACCCUAACGGCUUCCCAUAACAGUUCCGCGCAUACCGGUUCAUCGAUGCUCGGAGGAGAUAUUGGAUCCUCUGGAAUUCAUGCAAGUGCAAACCACAGCUCGACCAGUAAUAUUUUGGGGGCCAGCUUCAACCAUUCCUCAGUGAGCAGUGGGUCGCUAGAUGCCAACGGUGUGCAAGCAGCGCACACAGGUUCGAAUAGCUUUAACAGCUCGAAUUUGUCGGUUUCUGGGAGCACCAGUUUGGAAGGUUCAAUUGAGGGAGCACAGCUCACAGUUGAAGGUAUGACGAAUCACACCGAGACCCUGGCGGUCGGUUCGGUUAACGUAAGUAGCACUUCUGGCGGAUUGUUUGGGGGAGAAAUUAGUCCUGAGCACAUCGGCGCCGAAGUUAGUGGAAUGCUUGCUACGAAUGCCAAUAUUAGUGCGCCACUUCUAGGGACCCAGCAAGGUAGCGUAACAAUCGGCGGUGGUGGUAAUGUAGAUUUUGGUAGACCCCCUCAAGAACCGUCUACUGGAUAUCCAUAUGAACCAACUCAGAGUCCUGAAUCGCAGUAUACAACUUCUUAUCCGAGCUAUCCACCUACUGCCAGUGGCGUUCAGCCACCUUCCCGACCGAUCGAGACUGGUACUCCGCCGCCCAGCGGAAACAAUAAUCAAUAUCCACCAAACCCCAAUUAUCAGGUGGCCGUUUCACAAUACCCUUACUUCUUCGUGCCUUACCCUUAUCCUGCUCCGCCAAAUGUUCCCCAAGCUCCUUGCAAUUGUCCUCAAGACCAGUCUCGUCCGACAGGUUAUCUUGGUUUCAUUCCGAUUCUUUACGUACCAAAUUGCAAUGCCGCUAAAAGUGGGCUACCUACGCAUAUAAACUGGCCAGUCCCUGCACAGCCCAACGGUGACGGGCGGGCUCUCGAGGAGCUUCCUAUCCAGCGGUUAAUCCAAGGUGAAGAUGGAAGCUGGACGGUUCAACAAGAACAACCACAACAGCCACUGAAGAUGCGUCAAAUGCUAACUAGACGCCUUCGGAAAAGGCGUCCAACUCAACAGAAGCUACUUGAAACACCGUUCACCGCACUGCAACCGACGCAAGAGACGCAAAUCGAGGUGGCUUAGAUCUUAGCUUAGGUGUACAGCCAUUAUACCUAUUCACGUUAAGACUGGAUUGGACGAGCAGCUAAGAUGGCGUCCACACGUAGGACGUGACAUUAAAAAUACUCAUUCGAAUUUAAGCAUUGUGAUUACUGUAGAAUGAAUAGCUGGCAGUGAGAGAAACAAAAAAGGAGGGAGGAAGCAUCAGUUCUGGAGUACUUUGUGAUAAUGUCGUAUGUCUGAACGUAAAUAAAACGAGUAAGAGUUAUAUUCCUUAUACUUCACAAGCACAAAUCAUCUCUCACUCGUUUUGUUUACGUUGACACAUACGACCGUAUCACGAAGUACUCCAGAGUUCAUCUCAUCUAUUUCAUUUAUUUCACAACGUUUUUUCAUGUUUAAAUUGACACCUCAACGCUCAUGCAUUUUUACGCUUUCAUCUCAUUUUCACAUCAUUGUUUGUCAGGGAGCUUCACUCACUCUCCAGAAGAUUUAUCCGUUCGCAAAAUAACUGUUUUUUUUGAGUGUACUUAUUUAUUUCUAUGUUACUUUUUUUAAUAAAAAUGCUUCAAAGAAAUCUAAAA